GAGUGCUUAGAGAGCAGCUGACAAUAUUUGCGCAGUAGAUACGCGGAAAUAUUUUUAUUUAGCAGGAAAAAUAAUGUACCUGCAAAAAGAUUAAUAAAAUAAUUUGUGUGAUAUAAUUAAAUGCCUCUCUAUAUAUACUUCAAGAGUGAAAUGUUUAACAGACAGACAGACAAAAUUGUAGUCUAGAUAUUUUCUUAGAUAAAUUACCAAAAGAAGUGAAUGCCAUUUUAUACAUUUAAUAAACAAUAACAAAGUGCUGCUGCUGAUAAUAAUGGAAAAUCGUUUUGUUAUUUUGGACUGUGAUGGCGGCAGUGAUGAUGCAUGGGCAUUACUAUUGUUAAUCAAAGCAGCCGCUGACCAGCAUAUAACAUUGCUGGGCGUGACUAUAUGUGGCUGUGGAAAUACUGACCUGCACAAUGCGGCACGAAAUAUGUACCGCAUUUUGAAGGCUUGCAAACGAACUGAGAUUCCUAUUUAUUUUGGCGCUUCUGAGUCGCUUAUACCACCCACCGAACUUGUUGAUGAUAGUAAAUAUUUUCAUGGCCGCGAUGGCUUUAGCGACAUUUUGCCCCUGGAAGCAGAUUAUAAAAUUGAGCAGGUGGUGCAGGAGGAACAUGCUGUGGUGGCUAUAAAUAGAUUUUGUACUAUGCAUCCGAAAGAGGUAUCAAUAAUAAGCGUUGGUCCGUUAACCAACAUUGCACUUUGCUACUCUAUGUUUGGUGAACAAUUUGCGAAUGCUGUAAAGGAUAUUUAUAUAAUGGGUGGUAAUCAUCAAGGUGUUGGCAACUUCACGCGCUGUGCCGAAUUCAAUUUCUAUUCAGAUCCCGAAGCAGCUCAUUCAGUGCUUGCCAGAUCCAAAUGUCCCAUUACAAUAUUACCGUGGGAGCCCUGUUUGGAAGACCGGUUUUUUAUAUGCCUUAAUUGGCGCUUAGAAGAACUUGGCGAAACCGCGGCGAAUACCUGCCCUGCUAUCGAGAUAAUGAACCAAGUGGAGCGAGCUCAAUGGCUUCCAUCAAAUUUUAAAAGUUGGAUACCCUGCGAUGCUUUGCUUGUCGCGGUGUUUUUAUUUGAAAGUGUUUUUGUAAAAAAGGAAAGCAAAUGGCAUGCGACUGUUGAUUUGACAGGACACACACGUGGCCAAAUGAUUCUGGAUCAUUUGCAAGAAGUUGAUAAGUUUCCAAAAAAUGUACGCAUUAUCGAAUUGUUAGACUCGGAAGUUUUCAAGAAAAUUGCACAAUGGGCUGUGGGGUUAUAUGAUGACUUUGCUCUCGAGCAUACCAAUGGGAAUGCGGAAAUGUACUAGCUACAGUUGAUGUGCGGAAAUACUACUAUUUUAUUGCGAUUGUUGCGAUUGUUAAUACAAAAUUUAACAAUACUUCAGGGAUAUUAU